AGUGAAUACGUUCCGCUGUCUGAUAACGUAAAUCAGUUAGUUGAAUUGCCGUAGAAGGUCAUUCAUCAGUGUUUAUUAUUCUUUUUUGUUUCCCAGAAAAGUCAUUCAGUGAAUGUGAGAAGCUUGUGUUGUGAAGUGCGUGAAAUCAAUCCUUCAAAAUGCGGCUAACUUUCGUGCGACUGAACAAACUGUCGAAAAUGUUGGAUUUUUAUUCACAAUUCAACCCAUCCCCUCUGUCCAUCAAACAGUUCAUUGACUUUGGAUUAUCCGCAUGCGAACAGAAAUCCUUCCUAUUCCUUCGCAAAGAGCUUCCCGUGAGGCUGGCCAACAUCAUGAAGGAGAUCCAUUUGCUUCCUGAUAAUCUUCUGAGAAUGCCUUCAGUGGCCCUCGUUAAUCAGUGGUACGCUUUGUCUUUCACCGAAAUAUUGGAGUUCGAAAAGACUGACGGCAAUGACAGCAUUACUUUAGACAAAUUUUGCAAAGCCCUGGUUAAAAUUCGAAACCGCCACUCGGAUGUUGUUCAGACGAUGGCUCAAGGAGUGCUUGAACUGAAAGAGUCGCACGAUGUUGAUUCGCAGACAGAAAACAGCAUCCAGUAUUUUUUGGACAGAUUUUACAUGUCAAGAAUCAGCAUUCGGAUGUUGAUAAAUCAGCACACUCUACUGUUUGGAAAUGAGCUGACGGGUGACCCAACUCUACGGCAUAUCGGCUGCAUUGAUCCUCAGUGUGAUGUUGUAAGUGUCGUGAAGGAUGCGUACGAAAAUGCAAGGUUCCUAUGUGAUCAAUAUUACCUUUCCUCACCAGAAAUAAUCAUCAAUGAACACAAUCCCUCAGAACAAGGACUUCCUAUCAGAACUGUUUAUGUUCCGUCACACUUGUAUCACAUGUUAUUCGAGUUAUUCAAGAAUGCCAUGCGAGCUGUUGUUGAACAUCACUGCGAUGAUGACAAUGUCCCGCCGAUUGAAGUCACAAUUGUGUCAGGCAGAGAAGACAUAUGUAUAAAGUUGUCAGACAGAGGAGGUGGUAUUCCCCGAAGCCUCACAGACCAGUUGUUCAAGUACAUGUAUUCCACAGCUCCUCAACCUUCAAAAUCAGAUGCUCAUACCGUUCCUCUCGCAGGUUAUGGCUAUGGUUUACCUAUCUCACGUUUGUAUGCCAGAUAUUUUCAUGGAGACCUAAUGUUGCUUUCCUGUGACGGUUUUGGAACGGAUGCCAUUAUAUAUUUGAAGGCUUUAUCGAACGACGCUCAUGAACUGCUGCCUGUUUUUAACAAAACAUCCUCGCGGCACUACCGUGCAACUAUUCCGACAGGAGAUUGGAGCAGCUGCCAAAGCAAUGGGCUCAACGUGAGACAAAUGGGUCCCUACAGCCCCAAUUUCCUCAAGCCACACCAAUCAAAUCAAAUGUCUUGAUUUCUUGAGUGAACUCCUAUUGAAGCACUAGGGUUGCUGGCUGUGUCAUUACUCAGAACCUCUUGUUGGUACUCAGUUGAGUAUGUUGUUUUGUUGAACAUGAAAUUUUUAAUUUUAUUUUUCUACCAUUUUUUAAUCAAGACUGACUUGUAUUUUAUACUCUAUAAGUGAAGAGUUUCAUUUGAAAAGCUCAUUAUUGUUUAAUAUUCCUUAGUAAGUGUAACAUAAACGUUGCUCGCUCGUUCCGUAUUGAAACUUGCAAUUGUUGAAUAAAUUGAAUGGAAAGUGACACUAAGUUUUGUCCUGCAAAUUGGCAGAAAUUAACUCUGAGCUAAAAUGGCUUCUCAAAUUAAUCUCAUGUUAAAACGAUUCUUGAGGAAAAAUGUUCAUGGCAUUGUUGUCCUUUAUAGGUAUCUAAAUUUUUAAUUUAAAAGGAUUUUCAUAAAGCAAGUAAAGUCUUAAACUUUUAUGUAGCUCUUUCUGUGGACAAAGUAUAAUCAACCCUAAACACAGGACGGAUUUGGAUUUUUUGCUAUCAAUAUUGGUUUCCGGGCCAAAAUAAUUACAAAGUUGGGUCAAAGCUGUCACUUUUUAACUUAUGUCACAAGCUGCAAAAGAUUGUGGCUUAACAUUAUCCUCAGUUUAUUCUUUCAUCGUAUGAAAUUUAAAUUCUAAUUUUUUGUUGUUGUAAGUAAUGGUCUAUAAUUGUUUCCUUUAAUUUAUCUUGUAUUCAAAUUGAACUUUUCUCCUUGUUUUUUAUCUUUGCAAAA